AUGAUCAAGGAGUACCACCCCUACUACAUUGCCUACGACGAGCUCAAGAAGGCCCUCAAGACCGACUUUGUGACCCAACCUACCCCCGACAACGCCAAACCCGCCCGCAAGGAAUGGACCGAGGAUGACGAGACCAAUUUUGUCUCCCUUCUCGAGUCUGAACUGGAGAAGGUUUUCCUCUUCCAGAAGCGCAAGUCGGAGGAGAUCGUCGAGCGCAUCAAGGAGAGCGAGCUCGAGGUGAAUGACGUCGUCUCCCGCCUUGAAGACAAUUCCGGUGCUCGCCGCCAAAGCACCCGUCCAUCCAGACCGCCGCCCACCGACGAAGACUUCCUCCUGCUCGAGCAGGUACUCUCCGAUAUCAUCGCUGAUGUCCACGACCUGGCUAAGUUCACUCAAUUGAACUACACUGGCUUCCAGAAGAUCAUCAAGAAGCACGACAAACAAACCAACUGGUAUCUGAAGCCCGUGUUUGCGGCCCGCCUCAAUGCCAAGCCCUUCUUCAAGGACAACUACGAUGCCUUCGUGAUCAAACUGUCCAAGCUCUAUGACCUCGUCCGCACCAAAGGUAACCCGGUCAAGGGUGACUCCUCCGCCGGUGGGACCCAGCAGAACUUUGUUCGCCAGACGACAAAGUACUGGGUGCAUCGCGACAACAUCACCGAACUGAAGCUGGUCAUUCUCAAGCAUCUGCCCGUGUUGGUCUUCAACGCCAGCAAGGAGUUCGAAGAAAAGGACACCGCCAUCUCUUCCAUCUACUUCGACAACACCAAUACCUGGGAGCUGUACGAAGGCCGUCUGAAGAAGACCGAAGGUGCAGAGGCUAUCCGUCUCCGCUGGUACGGUGGCAUGGAGAGUGACCAGAUUUUCAUUGAGCGCAAGACUCACCGCGAAGAUUGGACAGGCGAGAAGUCCGUCAAGGCCCGCUUUGUCUUGAAGGAGAAGAAUGUCAACGCCUUCCUGGACGGCCGCAUGACAGUCGAGCAGGUUUUCGACAAGAUGCGCAAGGAAGGCAAGAAGAGCCCCGCCGAGAUCAAUGACCUUGAGCAGCUCGCUCGCGAGAUCCAGUACCGCGUCAUCACCCGCCGCCUCGUCCCCGUCACACGCACCUUCUACCACCGUACCGCCUUCCAGCUCCCCGGCGACGCGCGCGUGCGCAUCUCGCUCGACACCGAGCUCACCAUGAUCCGUGAGGACAACCUGGACGGCCGCCGGCGCGCUGGCUCCAACUGGCGCCGCAUGGACAUCGGCGUCGACUUCCCGUUCUCGCAGUUGCCACCCGAGGACAUUGACCGGUUCCCCUAUGCCGUGCUGGAGGUCAAGCUGCAAACGCAAGCCGGCCAGGAGCCGCCGCAGUGGAUCCGGGACCUCACCGCUAGCCAUCUCGUGGAGGCGGUCCCCAAGUUCAGCAAGUUCAUCCACGGCACAGCGACGCUGUUCCCGACCCGCAUCCACCUCCUGCCCUUCUGGUACCCGCAGAUGGACGUGGACAUCCGCAAGCCGGCCACCCGCCACUACGGUAUCCACCGCCCGUUGGCAAGCACGUCGAUGUCCGCGAACGAUGACGACUCCGACGAUGACGAGACCCCGAGCCCCGAGCUUGGCACGCUGAACGGGGUGUCCCGCGAGGGCUCCGAGGACCGGUACCUCUUUACCGAGACCAACGGCAACGAGCUCGAUAUCGAGGAGCGCAUCGCUGCGCGCCCGCUGCCUGGAGAUGAGGAUUACCCGCUGUACGAUUCUGACGAUGACGAUGAGACCAUCAAUUCCGAUGAGCUGGAGGAGGCCCGCCGGGUUGGCGGUAUGUAUUAUGCGGAACAAUUGGCCAAGUAUUAUCUUUCCAGGGCCGGGCAUGCGGUUGCGCAGGGGUUGUGGGCGAUUAUGCCUAGGCCACGGCCGACGUCGAUGCCGCCUCAGGAGGCGCGUGGUAUUCAGGUGAUGGGCACGCAGCGCAAGCUCCAGCGUUUCCAGGCGCCGCCUGGCAAGAAAAUCUUUGUCCCCGUCCGCGUCGAACCCAAAGUCUACUUCGCCGCCGAGCGUACUUUCCUCUCCUGGCUUGAAUUCUCCAUCAUCCUGGGUGGCAUCGCCGCAACCCUUCUCAACUUCGGUGUGGACUUUAUCUCGCUUGCGUCCGCGUGGGCCUUUACCAUCCUCGCCGCCGGGGCUUUGGUCUACUCGCUCCUGCUGUAUAUCUGGCGCGUGGACAAGAUUCGCAAGCGCCGCGAUGUCAAGCGAGUCUACUAUGAAAAGUGGGGACCUACUGUGGUCAGUGUCGGCCUUGUGGUGGUUGUGCUGGUCAAUUUUGGCCUCCGCGUCAAGGCCGGUGGCUUUAUGGCGGGAGAGCUGCCGUUGGACGGGCGGCCGAGGCAUGGAGAUGAGCUUUGA